GACGCACCAAAACGUGUGCGUUCACAAACUGUCGCCGACUGCAGCGAUUCUAAAAAGCUGUUGAAAACGAACAGUUUUACCGUGUUUAACAUGUUGCCAGUGGGAAAUGGAAACGAUACGAGUUUGUUUUAGAUGUAUUUUGUUUUAUCGUGUCGUGACUGAGAUUCGACCCAUAGGUGCAAGCGUUACGAUGAAUUUAAUGUCCAGUCUGAUCUCAACGUGACUUUGAGCAAGCACAGCAGUCAUGUGUCAUACUGUACAACUGAAGCUGUAACCCUUUAAUCAAACAUUCCGUCUUAAAAUGCAUUUAAAUGUACCGUUCCCCAUCCUCCGAGGGAGCAUCAGACACCUGAUGACCAGAUCCUCACAGACGUGCAGAGGCAGAGUGACUUGGAGGAGAAAUUACAGUUUUUAUCGAGAUGAGGUGAAAUCACUUAGAGCAGUGGUCAACCCUGACAUCUCAAAAAUUCGUAACAUAGGUAUCAUGGCGCAUAUAGAUGCAGGGAAGACCACCACGACAGAGAGAAUGCUGUACUUCUCUGGCUACACACGGGCUCUCGGAGGUGAGGUGACAUUUAGAAAAAGUCAUGUUGAUUUUACUCUGGAGGUUGAGAGAGCUUUACGAGUGUUGGAUGGAGCAGUUGCUGUGUUUGAUGCUUCUGCUGGAGUAGAGGUUUGGCAGAAGUUAUUUGUAGUAAUGUUGUGUGGAAGCUCUCUGAAAAAUAAAGGGGUUCAACCUCUGCUGGAUGCCAUUACUGCUUACCUUCCUGCCCCCAAUGAGAGGAACCAUGACCUAGUACGCUGGUAUAAGGAUGAUCUGUGUGCGUUGGCAUUCAAAGUGGUCCAUGACAAACAGAGGGGUCCACUCGUGUUUGUUAGGAUCUAUUCAGGAAGCAUGAAGGCUCAGUCAGCAGUGUAUAACAUCAACAGGAACGGAACGGAAAGAAUGAGUCGACUUCUCUUGCCUUUUGCCGAUCAGCACAUAGAAAUUCCUUCUUUAUCUGCGGGAAACAUUGCACUCACGGUUGGACUCAAACAGACCGUGACAGGCGACACCAUCGUCUCCUCCAAAGCCUCUUCUGCAGCUGCGGUGCGGCGGGCUCAGAAGGAAGCAGAGAGCAAGAGUAGCUCACAAAGGGAGAGCAGCAGUCUGGCUCUUGCAGGGGUGGAGGUCCCUGAGCCUGUGUUCUUCUGCUCCAUUGAACCUCCUACUCUGGCCAAACAAGCAGAUCUGGAGCAUGCGCUCAACUGCCUGCAAAGAGAAGACCCCAGUCUGAAAGUCAGAACAGACCUUGAUUCUGGACAGACGAUACUGUGUGGCAUGGGAGAGCUGCACAUUGAGAUCAUCCAUGACCGUAUUAAGAGAGAGUUCAACAUCGAAACUCACCUAGGACCCUUGCAGGUGGCCUACAGAGAGACCAUCCUCCAAUCAGCAACUGCCACAGACACAUUAGAUCGUACUCUUGGAGACAAGAGGCAUGUUGUUACUGUGGAGCUCGACGUCCAUGCUCUGAUGGAGUCUAGCACUUCCUGUGACAUGACUUUUGAGGAGGAAGUAAAAACUCAGCUUUCUGCGGGUGUCAGAGAAGCUGUGGAAAAUGGCGUUCAGAGCGCAUACCUCCAAGGUCCUGUGCUGGGUUUUCCUGUAGAGGGAGUAAAGACCGUUAUCCAGCAUGUAAGUUUGGAGUCAGGCACUUCUGCAGCCAUGGUGUCAGCCUGCGUGUCCCGCUGCAUGCUCAAGGCUCUGAAGCUGGCUGGGGGGCAGGUUUUGGAGCCGGUGAUGGCUCUGGAAGUGACUGUAGGUGAAGAGUAUCUGAGUCCUGUGCUUGCAGAUCUCGCCCAGCGACGCGGUACUGUAUGCGACAUCCAAAGUCGACAGGAAAACAAGGUUUUGCUGGCUACAGUACCUUUGGCUGAGAUGAUGGGCUACUCAACCGUUCUGCGCACUUUGACCUCUGGGAACGCUACUUUUUCUCUGGAGCUUUCCAGCUAUGAGCCUAUGAACACUCAGGACCAGAAUAUACUGCUCAACAAGAUGGCUGGACUGGCUUAAAACAUUAACUUUCACCAACUGAACUGGGCAGUGUUUCCCAAAAGCAUCGAAAGCUUAAGUACACCGUAGACCCAUUGAAACCAGUGGAGCUACAGUCAACUUAAGCUUACGAUGCUUUUUGGGAAACGCAGCCCUGAACAUUUAUACAGACACAAAUUUUGAUUGCUAUGAUUGGCUGCUCACAUUUAGUCCAGAAGAUAAAAUCUUGGAGACUAGCCUACAUCUCCUGCUCAGCCCACAUCCAGAGACCUAAUUGGAUUUUUUUUUUCUCUGAUGAAGAGAAGAGUGUAAGGUAAAAAAAAAAAACACUUACUGGUGUUUGUGUGUACAUGUAUAUAAAAUAUACCAAUAAUUUUACAAGAACAAUGCAUUCAUAAAUGUUUUUAAAAUAUUUAUUUCAUUUAUAAAACCCUUACGACAUGCCUAGCCUUGGGAAAUCAUUAAAAAGCAGACCUCGUUUCAAAAACUUCAAAUUCAGUCAAAUUUAGAAUAGUAAUGAGUUUAAUCAAAUUUAAGCCUACAGAGGAAAUUGAGAUGUACAGAAUUGUCCAUUUGCAAACAUCAAGUUCUGGCAAUAACUGGCUCAGUGCAUAGAACAGCAAAUCAUAGUUACUGGUAUGGUUAACAUGGUUUUAUCUUUUAAAAAGUGUUGUCCUUUUAUUCCCUUUAAUUGUCUACUGUGAACUGAAUGUUGAAUUUCAUAGGCCCAUGUACUCCUGACGGCAGUGGCCAACAAAUAGAGGUUCUGCAGGUAUGCCUCUCCUGAUGGGGAAAGAGGGGAAAAUCUCACUUUCACCAGUGAAACAUACAAAAA